AUGUUUCUGACAAAAACUGAAUACGAUAGAGGCGUUAAUACAUUUUCCCCAGAUGGAAGACUUUUCCAAGUAGAGUACGCAAUAGAAGCCACUAAGCUGGGUUCAACUGGUGUUGGAAUAAAAGCCAAAGACGGUGUCAUCCUUGCUGUCGAGAAGCGAAUUAAUUCUCCCCUUAUUGUACCUAAUAGUGUUGAGAAGAUUUUUAAAGUUUCAGAUAGUAUUGCUUGUGCUGUCAGCGGUCUCAUUGCUGAUGCACGAACUCUCAUUGAUCGAGCUCGUAUCGAGACUGCUCAUCAUUGGUUCGUGUAUAACUGUGAGAUGACAACAGAAGAUGUAACUCAAGCUGUCAGCAAGUUGGCUCUUGCUUUUGGCGAUGAUGAUGCAGAUGAAGCAGCCAUGAGUCGUCCUUUCGGUGUUGCUCUUCUGUUUGCUGGGUAUGACGAAAAUGGCCCUCAACUAUUCCACAUGGACCCAAGUGGAACCUAUAUCCAAUACGAAGCCAAAGCUAUCGGCUCUGGUUCAGAAGGAGCCCAACAAGCCCUUCAAGAGGUUUUCAACAAAGACCUCAGUCUUGAAGAAGCCUCUGUUCAAGCUCUCACUAUUCUCAAACAAGUUAUGGAGGAGAAGCUAGAUUCUACUAAUGUUGAGAUGGCCGCCAUAACCAAGGACGGUAUCACAAUCUUCGAUAAAGCGCAACUGGAGGCUAUUAUUAGUCAGCUCAAAUCUGUUGUAUAA